ACAUGUGGAGUAGACAGAGCGCUCUGUUUCCCUCUCUUUCAUUUGCUCCCUUCACUUCCCUUCAUAGAUCUAUCUAAAAGCUUCUCCUUCAAUUCUCCUUUCUGAUUCAUUCCCCUCACUUUCUCUCUCUAGAUUCUCUCUCUACAAACUCAUCCACAUUCCUCUGAAGAAUCUGCAAUCGCUUCAGUUACUGCUUUGACUUGGAGCUCCGUCUGAUCCGUAAACCUCAACAUCAUAAACCCCUACUUUUUUUUUUUUUUGAGUUUUAGGGUUGCGGAUACCUAUUCUUGGUCUGCGGAUCUGUGAUCGUAGAAUCGAGGAGGAGGAGGCGGAGGUGUGAGCUCGAUCUUAUUCUUUUGUCGCGAUUAUGGCAUCCGCAUAUCCGGCUCCUUCAGUUAGUGCUGUUCAGGUUGGCUCAUACUUCGUUGGACAGUACUAUCAAGUUUUGAAAAAACAGCCCGAUCUUGUUCACCAUUUCUAUGGGGAUCAGAGCAACAUGACUCGUAUCGAUGGUGAUUACAUCGAGUCGGCUUCUUCUUUGCUGCAAAUUCAUAGGAUUAUCACGUCACUAAAUUUUACUGCAAUUGAGAUCAAGACAAUCAAUUCUCUUGAUUCUUGGAAUGGAGGUGUACUGGUGAUGCUUUCGGGUGUCGUCAAAACGGAGGAUUUCCUGAGGAUGUUUGUGCAGACCUUUUUCCUUGCUCCUCAGGAGAAGGGUUACUUUGUUCUUAAUGACAUCUUUCAAUUUAUGGAUGAGCAAACAAUCUACCAACAAUAUCCAGAUCCCAUAUCAUCUGAAAACAUGCUUGAAAAGCAUCUAAAUGCUUCUAGCCCUCAUCUAGAUCCUCCAGUGUCGGACUACGUUUUGGAGGAAGAGGCAAGGGAGUUUGUGAGCUCAAUGCGUAUUGAAGAUGACCCAAUUGACAAAUAUAGUCUGCCAGAGCAACAGCAGCCAGACUUUGAUGCUGAAAUUGUGGUGGAGGAAGCUCCCGUAGAAGAGAUGCAUGCUUCACUGCGAAGUGUUGUUAAUGCUGUACAAGAACCAAUGGCUCCUGCUGCAGAAGAACCUGUUGGGGAGCAGCCAAAGAGAACAUACGCUUCUAUUUUGAGAGUGCCCAGGGAACAUGCCGUAUCGUCAGUUGCUAGUCAGGCAAAUAUCAACAUGAAUACCCCAAGUGCUUUUGAUUGGAAUGACGUACCGCCCCCUACUACUCAGCAGCUGGACUCUACCUCAUCCUGGGUGCCUGAGUCUGGAGUUGAAACGGCUGAUGAAGGUUUCUCACUAGACGAAGGUGAACCAAAAUCUGUCUAUGUGAGAAAUUUGCCCUCUGAUGUUACUGCUGAUGAGAUUGAACAGGAGUUCAGGAAUUUUGGAAAUAUCAAGCCUGAUGGUGUGUUUGUCAGGAAUCGCAAGGAUGCAAUUGGCGUUUGCUAUGCUUUUGUAGAGUUUGAAGAUCUUGCAAGUGUUCAAAAUGCAAUCCAGGCUUCUCCUAUACAUUUGGCUGGAAGGCAAGUCUACAUCGAGGAGCGGAGAGCAAAUAGCAGCGGUGCUCGAGGAGGAAGGAGAGGAAGAGGCAGAGGCAGUUACCAAACGGAGGCCUCUAGGGGGCGAUUUGGUGGACGAAGUUUGGGCAGGGGAAGCAACCAAGAUAUUGGAGACUAUAGUAGACUAAGAGGCAAUGGCUUUACCCAGCGUGGCUCGCGAUAAACAAGGGAUCUCGCUUUUACAGGCAUUUAAUCUGAGUUCUUCAUCCAAGUGUGAGGUGGCUUUUUGGUUUGCUAAUUCCAUAUUGUUCACCUACCUUUCACUGGUUGCAGAGAACACAUAUUUGGUACUGCUGUAGUUGUGACAUUGUAAAAGGAAUGUUGAGAGACAUUUUUGUAGUCCCCUUGAAUGGAUUUUACUGCAAUUCAAGAGGGAUUUUUUUUUUUUUUUUUUAACCUUGUAUUGUGAGUGUAUGAGAUGAUGGAAUGGUUCUUUGGUUAAGAUUUUGAGGGUGUCUUGCAUCCCUCUACAUCUUAUGCAAACUUAGGUAGGUUUGCUAGUAAAGUGUGGAUAUAUGCUUCAACUUUGGAUUGUGGAUCUGCGGACUUAUUGUUACUUUGA